AUGUCCAACCGAAGGGUGAAGUCUUUGGCCAUUGAGGACGACGAUUAUGAUGACUAUGACGACUAUGAGGAUGAAUACAACCAAGCUGGCGACACCGAUCUCUCACCAGAAGACAAGGAGCAACUGCGUCAAGGUACCAUCAAAGUUCGCGAGGCCAUCGGACCAGCCUCUUCCGUUACGGAUAAGGAGAUCCAAGACACCCUCUGGCACUACUAUUACGACAUCGGCAAAUCUGUUUCAUACUUGAAAAGUAUGUUGUUAUGGAUCAACUUGGGUUUAUCUCAGCCGCUUACCGGAUCAGAUAUACAAAGACCCCAGACUGCGCCUACCAAGAAGCAAACACAACCAACAAAGAAGUGUGUCAGCUCUGCAACUUGCUCAACCCCAUUCUCGGCCGCAGACUUUUUCAAAGACUGUCCAUGGCUCCAGAUCCCCGCCCAUCGAAAAGCUGAGAUCAUCAUCGAGCCAUUAUACCCACAUUUGGGUCUCCUCGGAGGUGCAUCCAAAGGUGGCAAGGUAUCCAAGCUGGCUGCUCUCGCAGCGAAAAGGAGACAGCACGAAAGCGAGCGCUCGGGACCCAGCACGGUGAACGGUUCCACCUCACAGGACGACUAUAUCACCAGUCUGAACAAACUUCGAAUCAGCCAACCAAGCAGGAUCAAAGAAGAUUCUGCGAGGGCGGCAGACUCUUUGGGAAACGAACUGGUCAAAGUUGAAGCUGAGUCAUCUGGCGCAGAUAAGGGAAAUGUCACGGAGCAGACAGGAUCCCCAGAAUUAAGAGCAGAAAAGGUCACUGACAUAUCGGUCUCGACCAGCUCAAACAUUCGCGGGGCCCCUUCUGCAUUUGCCAGCAUCAUGACCAGCCACGAUGCUGGAAAUUACCUUUCAGUUCCUCGUGACCUCUUUUCUGGUGACAUGUUUACUAAAUGUUUCGACUUUGCAGAACCAAGCCCAGACGAUGUUGUCGCCACGGCACGGGAGUCCAAAGCGGUAGGACCGUCCAAGCCGAAGUCAAAGGAAGUCAGCGCAUCCAAGGCGACCCUCAGCAACGGCAUGCAAGAAUUAUCUAUCCAGCCUUCUCCGGUGAAGAGCAAAAACGUUGAUGUGAUCUCCGAAUAUGGAAAGAUAAAACGGAAAAACGCCGCAAAUGUCGUGGUCAUUGGCCAUGUUGACGCAGGAAAAAGCACCCUCAUGGGAAGGCUGCUCUUUGACUUGCAUGCUGUCGAUCAGCGAACCAUGGACCAGUAUCGAAAAGAGGCGGAACGGAUCGGAAAGGGAUCAUUUGCAUUUGCAUGGGUCUUGGACCAAGGCUCCGAGGAACGUGCUAGGGGAGUGACUAUUGACAUCGCCACCAACAAAUUCGAGACCGACAAGACCAGCUUUACCAUCCUGGACGCUCCAGGCCAUAAGGACUUUGUGCCCAAUAUGAUUGCAGGAGCCAGUCAAGCAGAUUUGGCGGUUCUCGUUAUAGAUGCCUCAACCGGGAAUUUCGAAUCCGGGUUGAAAGGCCAAACUAAAGAACACGCUCUUCUCGUCAGGUCCAUUGGAGUUCAACGCAUAAUUGUGGCCGUCAAUAAGAUGGAUGCGGCGGCAUGGUCUCCCGACCGAUAUGAAGAGAUUCGUCAGCAGAUGUCGGCGUUUUUGAACAGUGCGGGUUUCCAAUCAAAGAACGUCGCAUUUGUGCCAUGUUCGGGUCUCGAAGGAGGGAAUAUUCUUACCAGGGCGUCGGAUCCGAGAUCGUCCUGGUAUACUGGUCCGACGUUGGUCGAGGAGCUAGAUAUGUCGGAGCCCUCGACAUACGCCUUGGACAAACCCUUGCGAAUGACCAUCAGCGAUGUCUUCAGAGGGGCCGUACAGAAUCCGCUCUCGGUCUCGGGACGAGUAGAGGCGGGUAACAUUCAGAUUGGCGAACAGGUCGUCAUCAUGCCUAGCGGCGAAAAGGCACAGAUCCGGAGCUUGGAGGUCGAUGAGGAGCCACAUGACUGGGCUGUGGCAGGACAAAAUGUGGUCCUGAAUCUGACGGAUGUCGACCCCAUUCAUCUCAAGACCGGAGACGUUCUCUGCAGUCCCCUUUCGCCCAUCCAGAACAUCAACGAAUUCAAGGCGAAGAUCUUGGCUUUCGAUCACCUGACGCCUAUGAACGUUGAUGUGCACCGAGGUCGUCUUCAUGUACCAGGCCGAAUAAUUCAGCUGAUCGGUCUUCUGGACAAGUCGACAGGUGCAGUGGUCAAGAAGAAGCCAAAAAUCGUGCAACCAGGACAUGUAGUCCGAGUUGUGGUGCAGCUUGACCAAGCAGUUCCAUUGGAGGCACCUUCAAGGGUGGUGCUGAGAGCAAAUGGGGAGACUGUCGCAGCUGGACUAAUUGAGUGA